AUGGCGUCCCGCAGUCAAAAUAAUAUUUAUUUAAUUUUAUUCGGUUACGCGUUUUUUGGAUUUCAACGUGAAUGUAAUUCUAUGAUUUAUCCCGUUAAUCCUGGUUGUAGAGCUUAUAAUAAUUUACCUACGUCAUUAAUGUCGUUUUACAAACGGCAAGCUUCUUUGGAACCAUAUAUGCCGACACCUAUAAUGGGUAAUAGUAUCAAUACACCAGUUCCUGUAACUGAAACCUUUCACACAGCGAAAUAUCCAUCGACUUGUACAUCGGGAAUUUUACCUGCCGUAGUACCAGCUGCAAUGCCUACAACUUUGUCCGUUGCAGCGCCAGCAAUUAUGCAGUCAGCUGCGCUUUCUGCAACUGCUCCUGCCGCACUACCUGCAGCCUUGCCCGCAGUAUUACCAGCACCACCCGUGGCAACUACAUUGCCAGCAUUACCAGUCGCUUUGCCUGCUACAAUCCCAAUCGCAAUAUCAUGCGCUGCACCAAGUGCGUUGUUGCCGGCCGCUGCUCCUGUCGAAAGUACUGCCGAAAUGAUAAAAGUAUUUGAAUUACUUCAAAGUGGAAAAAUACUUGAUCCUACUAUUGCCGAGAAACUAAAUGCCAUUCAAGAAUUUUUAACUUCACAAUCAUCCGUGCCAAUUUGCGGUGCCCUAGAUCUAGCAACUUUAUCUAAAGUAUCCGGUUUAACGCCUGAACAGUUGUCGGAAUUAAUGCUCGGCCAAUCUGUGAAACCAAAUUUGCCUGCUCCUCCGUCACCACCAACACCAGAUCCAUCACCGCCAUCACCGCCAUCACCGCUUCCGGAAUUACCUCCAGUGCCACCACCAACACUUCCACCAACACCAGAUUUACCUUCAGUUCCAUCAUUACCUUCACCUUCCCCAUUACCAGCGUUGCCACCGAUGCCUCCAAUGCCGCCAAUGCCGCCAAUGCCACCAAUGCUCCCAAUUCCUCCAGUACCGCCAAUGCCACCAAUGCUCCCAAUUCCUCCAGUGCCGCCAAUGCCACCAAUGCUCCCAAUUCCUCCAGUACCGCCAAUGCCACCAAUGCCGCCAAUGAUCCCAAUUCCUCCAAUGCCGCCAUCACCACCAUUGCCAUCACCUCCAGAUCUACCCUCUCUUCCUUCAUUGCCACCAUUGCCACCAACUCCAGAUCUACCCUCUCUUCCUUCAUUACCACCAAUGCCAACAUUGCCACCAAUGUCAACAUUACCACCAAUGCCAACAUUGCCACCAACUCCAGAUCUAUCCUCUCUUCCUUCGUUGCCACCACCUCUUCCAACACCACCAUUACCUUCUGUGCCAGCUCCCGAAGUAGUUCCUUUAGAAGUAGCAGAAGCUGUAAAAAUAUCUGAAUUGACAAAGGAAAUGACUCCUUCAAAUUUAUUAUCAGAAAAAUUCGAACCACUUAAUUCUGCAGUAUCACCAUCUGAAGCGCCUAUAACCGCAACGGCUUCUCCCAUAAGCACAUCAGAACCGCAAGAUUUAUCUGAAGUUGAGGAACCCUUGAUGUCAUCCAUCAUCGAAGAACCUUUAACUAAAUCAAUUAGUAAUAACUUGUUGGGCGUUUCCCCACCCUUACAAAUCCCAGGAAACAUCUCACCAUCUUCAUCUUGUGAUUCCAUGUCACCAACAAUAAAUAUUUUCAAUCCAUCGGAUUCAUCAUCAAAUCCAAAUGUUCAAGAACAAAUCACAGCUUUAAUGUCUCUUCUAUCAUCGACGUGUCCUUUAGCCUCUUUGCCACCUCUACCAUCUUAUGCUCCGGCACCAUUACCUCCAAAUCCGACAUGUUAG